UUUUUCUCUCGUGGUUGUAUUGAAUAAACACGACACAGUCAUAAUUUUGGUGAAUAGUGGCCACAGUGAUGGAAGUGAUGAACGCAUGUCGCUGCUGCCUGCGAUGCCCUCCGGACAAGGACCUGGCGACGCCGUACACACAUCUCGGCAAAACAGAGAUAUAUUCCCACAUGCUCAAAGAGUGCUUUGAUCUACAUCUAUCAAUUGAUGGAGAUCGCUCACGUGGGAUCUGCUUGACAUGCGUGGGCCGCCUGCGAGAUGCUUGUGACUUCAAGCUGCAAGUGCAGCGCAGCCAGGCAGAGUUGGAGGGAGCACUGCUUGCCAAAGUGGAGCCUAUGAUUAAGAUCGAAGUGGCUGAUGAGAGGACGGGUGAUGAGUCUGCGUUCGUCAUGUUAUAUGAAGUGACCGCAGAGAGGGCAGAGGUGGCUGAAGAAGAUGGGCCAGAUGUUUUACAUGAAGACCCUCUAGUUAAGACUGAGACGCUUAAUGAUCCGAGUGCCGACGAAUCGUCACAGUCGGCCGUCGCGACUUCUUCCAGUGGAGAGAAACUAUACACCUGUGAUGAAUGCAACAAGGGCUUCAGAAAAAAGCAUAUUUUAAGAAAACACAUUCAAGACACGCACAUAUUAUCUGGACUUUCAUUAGAUUCAACAAUGAACCAACAAUUAAGUGAUACUUCUAGUUCGACAAAGAUUAAAUUGAACAAGAAAGGCGAAAAGGUUACAGAAUUAAAGUGUACUCAAUGUGAUUAUAAAACAAUUUCCAAGAGAAAUUUUAAUAAACAUAAAAACUAUCACUUUGAUGAGGAUCAAUUAAAUUGCAAACAGUGCGAUUAUGUCGCUCGUUAUAAGGGCCACCUACGGCUACAUCAGGUGAUACAUUCCAGAUCAUCCUAUACGUGCGAAUGCGGCUUUAAAUGUAGAUGGGAAUCGGAGUUACGGCGUCACAAAUGGGUGCACACUGGGGAGAAACCAUACAGCUGCAAAUACUGCGAUUACAAAUGCCGUCAGAUGACAAAUUUGCGAACGCAUGAAAGGGUACACACGACUGGCAAGCCUUUUAAAUGCGAUCGUAGCGAUUGCGAGUACGCGUCUCGGUAUAAACAGGCUUUAGUAAGACAUUGUAAGACGAAACAUAGAGAGGAUUUGCCUUAGGCAAUGGGUGGCUCAACUUCUUCGUGUUGUUGUUCUGCCUGUCUGCCAAAGGACUAUAGUGACACAAAUUGUUAGUAGAAUAUGUUGUAUCAAGUGCUUUUGACAUGCUCAAUAAAAUACCCAUCAUGGAAUGGCUUAUUAUAACAAUCACAAAAAUAAAUAUU